AUAUCAAGGCUCUCUCUCUACUACUGUAGCAUUAGUGCGGAUCGCUCGUGAGAUCGACAACUUCCAAGGAAAACUGCUCAAGUUCUCAUCGAUAUCACACUACCAAAAUCACAAACUGUCAAACAUCAAUAUGGCUUCAGCACACGAUUUGCCGUCCAUGCUCAUUUUUGGACCGCAAGCGGAGUUGCCCUCCGAUGCGGUGAUGGCAAAUUUGCGAGACGACCUUGUCAAUAAUUGUUCGUUGUCGACCUUGGUGGCCGCAAUCGAGGAUCUGCAGCAAUUCUGGACAGCACUGGUCGAUUUCGAUCCGAGACUGAACGAUGCUCAAGGGGGGAAGACACUGAACGAACUGCAGUACUGGCUUCACAGUGGUCAGCUGCCCGACCGCAACAGGGACCUUCCAAACUUGUUGACCGUUCCCAUGACGGUCAUUCUGCAAAUCACUCAGUACGCCCGCUACAUUGCCGGGCUCGAGUUGAAGCAUCCUCACGUUCACAUCCUUACUGAACUCAAGGAAGCCGGCGUUCAAGGCUUCUGCAUCGGCUUUCUCAGUGCAUUCAUCGUCGCCACUGCCCGCAAUGAGGCUGAGAUAGGCGUCAUUGCCGCUACCAUGCUACGUCUAGCUGUCUGCAUCGGCGCCUAUGUCGACAAGAAUGUCGGCUAUGGCGAAAGUUCCUCUCCCAGCGCAUGCAUUGCCGUUCGCUGGAAGGACGAUACCGUACGCGGCAGGGAAGAAGUUGAUGUCAUUGUCCAGCAGUUCAAAGAGGUAUGUUACAGCGUAACAACUGCGCUGUUUCGGUCAAAGGCUAACACCUCGCUGUGUAGGCAUACAUAUCAAGCAUCAAUGACCAGGCCAGUGUGA